GAUGCUUUUGUCUGAAACCUGAAGAUUUAUUGUUUGUAUGCAAAGACUAUGGGAUGGGUGAAGGUGAUUUAUCAUAACUUAGGUUGUUUAUUCCGAGAAAUUUAUUUCAUGCAAAAAAAUAUUAUAUGAUGGUGAAGGAUGGUAUAGGUGAUAGAAUACAAAUAAUGGUGUAUAAAUUGCUGCGAGAUGACAGGGUGUCGUUCGGUGACAGACAUUUAGUAUUGAUUGGUACGUGGAAACCACUGCUUUUAUAGAGACGAAGGCUCCCGAUAUAAUGGAUGGAGAAUAUUGGAAUUGCCCAGUUAGAUGCUCUCCGUAAUAACAAUUAGAUGCUCGAGGAUUUGGAGUUAUAUACUGAUGACCAAUAUCAAGGCAACAUAAAUGUGACACGUUCUUAAACACGUCGGUAAACCAUGGCAACAGGAAAUGACCCGCCUCCUACAGGCAAAUACACUUUGUUCAGAAGUCAGACUGGUUCAGAUUUUUCGGACACAUCAAGUAUGAGUGAGUCGAAGCAUUUGUUUGAGGAUGAGCGCCAGUCUGAUAAGGAACAAACCAAUGUUCCUAUGACAAGUUUCAACUUCAUCAACUCCAUCAUUGGCUCUGGUAUUAUUGGUAUCCCAUUUGCAAUGAAGCAAGCUGGUUUUGGUCUCGGUAUUAUACUGCUUAUUUUGGUUGCUAUGGUAACUGAUUAUUCCAUUAUUCUACUUAUAGAAGCAGGCAAACUGUCCAAUACAAAUACAUACCAGGACAUGAUGCUAGUGGCAUGUGGAAGACCAGGAUUUUAUCUUCUCACUUUUCUACAGUUUGUUUACCCAUUUAUUGCAAUGGUGAGUUACAAUGUAAUUAUAGGGGACACUAUUACCAAGAUUAUAGUUCGUAUUGGAGGUGCAAGUAUAGCAGAUACUAUAUUGGGUAGUCGAGAAUUUAUCAUCUUUCUGGUAACAUUACUAGUUACACUUCCGUUGUCCUUGUACAGAAACAUUACCAAACUUAGCAAGUGGGCGUUUGUGUCCCUUGUUCUGGUUGGUGUUAUACUGUUGUUUAUCUGUAUACGUCUAGGAACAUUUGCUCUUAAAAUUCCUGCUACAGAGGAUGCCUGGUCUUUUGCUAAUGUCAAUAUUACACAGGCUAUUGGAAUCAUGGCAUUUGCCUACAUGUGCCAUCAUAAUACAUUUCUUAUUCACGCUUCACUUGAGAACCCUACAACAGAACGCUGGAACUUUGUUACACAUGUUAGUGUCAUGUUUUGUAUGGUGUUUAUGCUGGUGUUUGGACUUAUAGGAUAUGCUUCCUUCACUGGAUGGACACAAGGAGAUUUGUUAGAGAAUUAUUGUCAGAGUGAUGACUUUAUGAAUGUGGCGAGGUUUGGUUUUGCAUUUACCAUCAUGUUAACAUAUCCAAUAGAAUGUUUUGUUACAAGAGAGGUUGUUGAGAAUGCUAUAUUCUCCACCAAUGAACAACCACCAUUGUGGAGACAUAUAGUUGUUACCGUGGUUAUAAAUGGGCUGGUGUGUGCUCUCUCAAUGUCAACAGACUGUCUAGGUAUUGUGCUCGAGUUAAAUGGAGUGAUGGCAGCAGCCCCUCUAGCAUUUAUCAUCCCACCAUUAUGUGUAAUGAAACUACGCCAGGAACCAAUCCUAUCUAAAAAUAACAUCAUUCCUAUAUUUAUAACAACAUUCGGUACCUUGGUCGCAGUUAUUGGAUUUAUUAUGGCUGUUUUUAAUUUCUCAGAAGGGAACCAGUGUAGUCAUGGCAAAGAUAUAGAAUAUUGUAUAAAUAAAAAUAUUUUCACAAAUUCUUCCAGUAGUGCUACCUUGACAACUGCUCCAGUUUAAAAUUUUGAAUAAGAUUUGAAUAUAUCCAAAAAUAUAUAUACAUGUAUGUAAGUAAAAAAUAUUUUAAAAUAUUAUUACCGGUAAUUCCAAAGAGAUCAUUUUAUUUUUGUUUUGAACUUUCCCAUAUUUAUUUUGUGGACUGUGUUUUAUUGGUGAAAUGUCUAUUUUCAAACUCUUAAAGACGGUAUUUUUUACAAAAGAAUCAUGGUUGAUUUAUGUGAAAACAUAAUUACUGAACAGUUCACCAUUUUGUAGUUUUUUAUGUAUGAUUUUGAGACAGGUUGACAUUAAAUGUUUAUAAUUUAUAUAAAUAUUUUUUAAAAGAUUAUAUAAUAUACAUGAUGUAGAUCUGUUUGUUGUCUUAUAAACAAAAAUUCUAUGGUUCUGGUCAUAUAGCAAACUACCAUACCUGUUAUAAGUAUAUAUAUAACCAAUAUAUAAUAAUAAAUAUUUUAGAUAAUAUAAAUUUGCAGCAGUGCUGUAUAGAGAUAGAUCUAAUAUUAUAAUAUAUUAUGAUAUA